AUGUCUCUCGUCAACCUUUCUUCGGUCUGCGCUCACCUCAACAAUGCCACCAAGGCACGCCUCGCCCUCACCUCAAUCCCCAACAGCAAUCUUCACCUGAAGCUCUCCCUCGCCCUCCAAAACUCCGGCUACAUUUCUUCCGUGGCCCGACUCCUCCCCCCCGCUCACCCUAUCCUUGGUUACCCUGCGGCCAACGAUGAAGUCGAAGGCAUUGAGUCUAUCACCCGCGACAAUGUCGCCUCCAGGCGGUUGUGGAUCGGCCUGAAGUACUGGCAGAACGAGUCAGUCCUUGGCAAGGUCAAGAUGGUCAGCAAGCCCACCCGACGGGUCAACAUUGACGUGGAAGGACUGCGUCGCGUGGUUCGCGGUGAAGACACUCAAUUCGUGGGUGGAAUCCGGUCUCCGGGUGAGAGUCUCUAUCUCUCCACAGACCGCGGCAUCCUCGAGGCUCGCGAGUGUGUUGAAAAGAAGCUGGGUGGACUGGUUCUGUGCCGUGUGCUAUAA